AUGUUGAUUCCGUGCACUGUCCAGUUGAGGCUCGAAGAACAAUCGGAAAAGGUUGCUGACAUUCACAGUCCCAACAACAAGAAAAUGUGCUUGUUACGACUUUGUCCUCGUGUCGACAGGACUCGAGCCAAGCGGGUCAUACUGCGCUCGCAUUUGGCACGCGAGCCGGAUGUAACAAAGUGGGCCCGCCGAUGUGGUUGGACUGUGAAGCGGACUUGUCUUUACUCGUCCUCCCCACACCCGUCACACACCCGCCCCACACCUCCUCCGUCUCCCAGGCAAGGCAACAAAAAACCGAUAAUCUGUUGUUAUUAA